AUGAAGAUACUCUGCAACGCCUGCGAGGCGGCGGAGGCGAGGGUCUACUGCUGCGCCGACGAGGCGGCGCUGUGCUGGGAGUGCGACCAGAAGGUUCACGCUGCCAACAAGUUGGCCAGCAAGCACCAGAGGGUUCCCCUCACGAGCUCCUCUUCCUCACUGGUGCCCAAGUGCGACAUCUGCCAGGCGCGUCCCCCUGCCCUCUUCCCUAUCUCUUCUUUCUGACCACCUUCUUAGCCACAGCUCGUCGUUUGGCGAAUUGGGUCUAGAAUCUAUUGUCUGGCGCAGAUGACGGAUCCUUUUUCCGGCGACGAUCACGCUGGGUUUACUUGGAAGGUGUUUUCUGGAGAGAAGGAUCCUCUGUUUGGGAAGAACGAGCGUGUUGAGAACAAAAGUUGGAGCAGAAUAGGGCCCUCAACAGAGUUGGGGAAGGCUGGGUAGAUAUCAAAAUAAUUUUUGGUUUGGUCAUACAGAAAAGAAGUAGCUAAGAAAGGAAGAACCAAUCUCUGCGGCAAAUUCUAAAAAGUCAGCUUAAUUUGUGGAUGUGGCUAUGAGAAAUCUGUCUUACUCGAAUACUACUGCCUAUAUUUGUUUUCUUUUAGCUAACAUAGGUUGACUUCUUGGAGAAGGAAGGAAGAUGGUACUCUGAAUAACAGGAAAAGGAUAAUGGGAAAUUUUAUUUGUUUUUUUUUUAAUGGGGCACUCGCUAAGAGAGGUUUCCUCUUUGUUAUCUAGAGAUGUCGUGCUGAGCUUGAAAGUCUUCACAUAAAACCCUGACGCCAACCCCAUCAAGCUUAAACCCCUUCGGAGUCAGAAUUGCAGUGAAGACUCUCCCAUGCCAUCCAGUAGCCGAUGAUAAAAUGAAAGCAUUUUUAUUUGGUUUUUAUGGGCUUCAUCGUCCUACAAAUCGAUGGAAUUGCACCGGUGGGUUCAAACCCUUCUAGAAAUCUACGAUUCGAACUCAUCUUCGUUCUUUUCCCAGUUGCUUCUUCAACGCCAUCUGUGUGAUAGGAGCAUAAUGGUUAAUGAGGAAAAUUGUUUCUACAGUGAUGCGCUGCAGUCUUCAUCCAUUAAUGGCGUAACAACCACAGUGUGAGUUUUCUUAGAGAGGGAGCAAGGUGGGGAUGAAGCUUUCUCUGACGAAUGAUAAAGGUCAAGAAGGGUGGAAAAUUAUUCUACAUAUGGUUUUUUACUGGGCAGGAAGAGUUAAGAUUUCUAGAGCGAUGAAGACCUAGACAUUUUAGCGAAUUAUGCUAAAUCUUGUGGAUAUUUUUGUAAAUAAAUGCGGGCUCUUUUCGUAUCUUUCACUUUGGUGACAUCAUAACACGAAAAGCUGCUUUAUGUGUGGUCUUAUAUUCAGCUGCUUUUUACUGGUGUCUGUCUGAAAGGUACCUGGGAAUGAACCUACCCUUUAAAUGCGCUGUGUGCUUCCUGGCUCGAGUCCUAAAGGAUGGUGUAUUAAUAUGCAGCUGCAUUUCUUUUUUGUGGACAUAAAUGUUAACUAAUUAUUUAAGAAAAGGAUAUAAUUCUGGUAGUUGGGUGUGCAUUUUGGGGCGUAUUCUUAUAUGUUCCCUCUGGAGAUUUCUUCUCACCUUGACUUGUUUUCUGUAUUUUGAGGUGGGCAGUUCCAUUGUAGCUGAAUUUAAGGAUGUUCAGAUUUUCUACCGUUCAUAUUUGCGAUCGGAAUCAAAUUUAGAAUAUUUUCAAUUUAAAAUUGUAUAAUUUAUGGUUGCAGGAUGCUCUAGGAUACUUCUUCUGCUUAAAUGAUAGAGCACUGCUCUGCAGGAAAUGUGAUGUCAGCAUUCACAGUGUGAACUCUCUUGUGUCGGCUCACCAGAGAUUCCUUGUGACAGGAGUUAGAGUGGGAAUCGAACCCAAUGAGCGUACUUCAUCCGUUGCUAGGGAACAGGAGAUUCCUCAGCCGCCACCUAAAUUGGCAUCAGAGGGAAGUCUAUCGAUGUCGCUAUCUAGGGGAGAACACAAAGCUGGCCCCAAUCAAGUGGGCUGGAAUGAGAGUUUUCCAGUGAGCAGAGCUGUCGUCAAUGGUGGCGCAACCACUCCAAGUAUGUCUGGUUGGCCGCUGAAUGAAUUUUUUGGAGCGGAUUUCAACCACGAUUGUGGAUUCCAGGGGAAUGAAUCAUCAAAGGUUGGCCAUACUCUUUCCUGUCAUUUUCUAAAUACGGAUGAGUUACAGCCAUGUUCUUGUAUAGCUAUUUGCAAUUUUUAAAAUUUUAUUUAGUAUUCACGGCUAGUUAUGGAUGAUAGACGGAUUUAUUUGGUUUUUUUGUUAGGAAAUGGCUGGGCAGGCCUUUGUGCUCACUUCUAGUCUUUUUUAUGUGUUUUAUUAUCGAAUUAACUCGGUAAAUCUGUAACAUAAUAUACAUACAUAUAGUCGUAUAAGUAAAUAUAUAAUCAAUGGGAAUUCUGUGACGAAAAAUAUUUCUAUAAUAUGGUUUGGUGUAAAUUCUGUUUCUGCUGUUGAAUCCACCUUGAUCGAAGAACUUUGACGUUUAAUUUCUGCAAAGCGUAAAUUUUGGCUGCAUUGAUGCCGUACUCCCUCGGCUUGGACGAGACCUGGCAGGCUAACAGUGGAAAGCUCGGCAACUCGGAGGAUUCCUCAGUCCACCGCUGCGGUGACGAAGAGCUGGAGCUGGAGUGCUGCAUGGACCAGGUGCCGGACAUGCGCUGGACGGUGCCGGAGAUCACGUCGCCGCCCACAUCCUCCGGGGUCAACUGGCCGAGGAACCCACGCAGCGCUGCCGAAGCCUCUGUGUUCGUGCCCGACAUCGGUGGCUCCUCCUUCCACGGCGCAGCAGCCGCCAAGCGCCGAAGACCCAUCGGAGAUUUCCCACACUGA